AGGAGGAAUAAAAAUGAGUGGUCACAUGGGAGGGGCUCUCAGAAAUAUAUAUAUCCUCGACUUUUGUCUUAUGAUCAGUCUGCCUGCCUUCCAUCAUUUACCAGCGUCGACAUGAGAGCUUUUGUAUUGCUGUGUCUGUUGCUUCCGGCAAUGGGUCAAUAUGAGGAGAUGUGGGACGAUAAAGAUUAUCUCUGGGACCCCCCUGGCUUCACCACCACAAAACCAAAGCACAAAGCGUGUCUUUAUGAGAAGGAGUCGUGUGGCUGCUGUCUGAUGAAGAAACAGAUAUACAGGAUGGAGGCAUUCUUUAACCUCACCCAGAGGGAGCUGAAGAAGGACCUGAUGCUGACAAAGCUGUACAUUGAAGAUAUGAGAGCCAGCCGCAGCGCCUUCUCUUUUGCUCUCGACAAGAAUGCCAGUACAGAAUGCCUUGGCCCCUUCAGGGAAGACACUGGCAUUGUCUUCAAACAUGAAUUCCUCAACCUGGGCAACAACUACGAUCCGAUGACCGGCAUCUUCAUCGCACCCCGCGCCGGCGUCUACAGCUUCUCCUACACUAUCAGUUCUGACAUGACCAGGUCAGCGUGCGCCCAUCUAGAGGUUAACGGCCAGAUUGUGUCUGAGAUUCAUGGACAGGACGGCCAGGACAGCGUAGACAGUGACAGCGUUGUCAUGGCCAUUAAGCUGAAGGCUGGAGACCGGGUGGAUGUCAUCCUGCCCAGAGGAUGUAAUAUCUGCAGUGAGAAAAAGCAUUCUAACACUUUCACUGGCUUCCUGCUGUAUGCUACUGAAUAAGUUAGCGAAUGUUAGCCGUUGGGCUUUGCACCAGUCCCCAUGCUGACAGUUUUUAAGUCAGUUAGAUGAAAUCUUGCUGUGGUAUCAUUCGUAAUCUUGAUCAGCUCUUUCAUACUCAUCACCCAACACAAUUCUGCCAAACUUGUUUUGUUUGUUUGUUUUUAUUCCAUUAUGGUUCUCUUUUCUUCCUGAGUAAAUGUCCCGUCAAACCUGUUGUAUUUUCAUUCCACGCUGUUGCAGUAUGUUCUUCUUCUUAGAGCUGUUGAUCUUGAAAUUAAAUGAUGUCAUUUUUGUUAGAAAUGUACCAGAAACUUG